AUGUCUCGAUCGGGUGAUUUCGAUCGUCUCUCCGGUGCUGAAGUCAUGCUCAACCAACCUUACCCCUCACGCAGUGCGACGUUUGUGCUUGAUGAUAAAUUGUCCGAGCAAUACCAAACUACGACACAAGAAGCAUUCGAUGAAGGCCUCGGCCCUCCGUUCGCAGCACUGAAGUUCUCAUGCCAUAACCUCCUCGAUCCCAUCUAA